GCACAGCGGUGCUGAAGCGUUAAGUUGUAUUCACAGUCCAUGGUUCAGGCUUGAUAACAGAUGUGUGACUGGGGCUAACUUUAGCUAGCUAACGUCUCGUCAGUGUGACUUCACCUUCUGUCCAGUGGAAAUGAUCGAGUAAUUUAAGUGUGUGAUGGCAGAGCUCCCGUCUGGACUGCUGGAGGCCUGUGUCGUGGUUGGAGCGCCCAGUGAUAAGCUUCGAGACAUAUACCAGCUUCAACAGCAGAGUAAGAUAAACGAAAUCCCUCUGCUGGAAGCUGAGGUACUGCAGGUCCAUGCCCCGCCAUUUGUUUCCAAGGAAACCAACUCCAGCCAGUUGAUUGGACCAGCUUUCAGUCGAGUCCAAAGGAGGAAGAGCUUCAUCAAAAAGAAGAGGCGAGAUCGUGCUGCAGAGGUAUUGCCUAAUGGAGAAACAACCAAUCGUACUGAAGCGUCCUCAGCGACAGAGGACAUCAGUGUUCCAAAGGAUCUGGAUCUCAUCGCCUUGCCACAGCUCUGUUUUCCUGGUGGUCUUCAGUUAGCCAAUGAGCAGAGAGAAGACAGUUAUCACUUCCUUGUGUUUACCGACCUUUUUGGGAACCGAACACAUGGAGUUGUGGUGCAGUACUACAGAGCUGUACAGUCCUGUCAGGAAGGUGCUGUCCAGAAUGGCCACAGGUGGAAUUCAUCAAAGUCCCGCCUCUAUACACCUUUUGCUAUAUGCGUCAUCUCUAAGUUCCCCUACUACAAUGCUCUGAAAGACUGCCUGUCAUGUCUUUUGGUCCAGUUGCGGCCUGCAAGACAAGCUGACUUUGAGGAGACCAUAAAGGAAUUUUCAGCCAAGCUGUCCCUGGUCCCUUUACCACCUCCUGGACAGCUACAUGUGUCCUUCAACCUCCGUCCCCUCAACGUGGUUCUCCCAUCAAGGGAGGAUCAGAACAGCCCUGUUAUCGACAUUGACCUACACCUUCCUUUCCUUUGUUUCACGCAUACAACACUGCUCCAGGUGCUGUCCUGUCUCCUUCAAGAACAGAGGCUUGUAUUAUUCUCGGCUGACUGGGCCAAACUCACUUUGGUUGCAGAGAGUUUGCUGUUGUACCUGCAGCCUCUUUCCUGGCAGCAGCCCUAUGUUCCUGUCUUGGCAAGAGGAAUGCUGGACUUCCUCAUGGCUCCUACAGCCUUCCUGAUGGGCUGUCACAUCAGUCAUUUUGAUGAGGUUGCUGCAGAGACAGAGGAACUUAUUCUUGUGAAUGUUGAUGAGGGUUUCAUUCAGUCGUCGUGGUCUGAAACCAUUGACCUACCAGCUAUCCCUCUGGCUGCAGCUGAGAGCUUUAUGUCAAGGGCAGAGUGUCUCCAGCUUCACUAUGACUUGGAACUGUGCCACCUUGGAGCGGGCACUGAUGCUAAUGCCCUGCGAUGCCAGCGCAGAGAAUGGCAGACGCAACGCAACGCACAGAUACAAAACAUCGCUCUGGAACUAGUGGUCAACAUCUUCAGAGGCGUCCAGGACUUUCUAAACCAUGAACACAGAGUAUUUAACAGUGAGGAGUUUCUGAGGACCAGGGAGCCAGCAGACCAGUCCUUUUACAAGAAGGUUUUAGAAACUCAUAUAUUCCACUCAUUCCUGCGAGACAGGCUGAACAGGAAACGGGACACCUUUAGCCACAUGGAGCAAAACACACGUAACCAUGCACACAGGAAUCGUGCAAUGACAGAGUCUCCUCGGCGUCCUCUCAUGUCUGAUCUGUCCAGGACUGGCCACAGCAGCUACGCCAGCCCUAAUGACAGACUGAGCAAACGGCUCGGAGCCAGUCUGCCUAACCUGGAUCAACCUGCCAAUGACUCUGUGACUACCAUCAGCUGCAACAGACCAGCCUCCCUCAGGAAGAUUACUUCUGACGUUGGGUUGAAGUUUCCUCGGAAAGCGGCGAAGGUUUUCCGCCUCCCAGAGUUCCCUCCUCCAUUGGCCUAUCAGUACGUCCAGAACUACUAUUCUGAGAUGGUUUCUUCCCUGGGGAAGGCUAUUAACGCUACAUCCCCUAACGAGUCUGCUCUGCUGGCCAGGUUCCACUACCUGCGAGGUUUGGUAAACACUGUGUCCAACAGGCGUCUGGAUGCACUGGAGGAUUUCCAGAGUCUCUAUAAGACUGACUCAGAUAUCUUCCCUUCUCAGAUGGUUAAGUCCCUGGUUGACUCUCUGCCAGAAGGUGAACGGUUACAGGCGGACAGACGGCCAGAACUGAAACGACUCAUCAGUCAGGUCAAGAGGGACCAGGAGCGGGAACGAGCUCGCAAUGGCAACUGGCACGAAGAAGAUGCUGUCAAGCGUUUCCAGCUGCCGAAAAAAUACAUGCAGCUGGGGGAGUUUGUGAAAUGUGUCCAGGAGUCUGGCAUCGUAAAAGACCAAGGAACCAUACAUAGACUCUUUGAAGCUCUAACUGUGGGUCAUCAGAAACAGGUUGGUCCAGAGCUGUUCAGAGUCUUCUACACCAUCUGGAAAGAGACUGAGGCUGAGGCACAGGAGGUGUGCUUGCCGGCGUCCGUCUUGGAGCACAUUGAGCCCAGCGAGUGUGUCUUCAAGCUGUCCUCCUCUGUCAAGACGAGCCGCGGUGUGGGGAAGAUCGCCAUGACCCAGCGACGGCUCUUUCUGCUGACCGAUGGACGACCGGGAUACGUGGAGGUGGCACAGUACCGAGAUUUGGAGGAAGUGAAAGUUUCCUCAGCUCCUUUCCUGCUCCUGCGAAUCCCCAGCCUGAAGCUGCGUGUUCAGGGCAGGAAAGAGACAUUUGAGGCCAAUUUAAAAACAGAGACUGAGCUAUGGAACCUGAUGGUCAAAGAGAUGUGGGCCGGGCGCAACAUGGCUGAUCAACACAAGGACCCCCAGUACAUGCAGCAGGCUCUGACCAACGCCUUGUUAAUGGACGCAGUAGUGGGCAGCCUUCAGAGCAAUAAGGCCAUCUUCGCUGCUUCAAAGCUGGCUCACUUUGACCGCAUCAAGAUGGAAGUGCCGAUGAUGGUUCCCAAAACAACUGCAGAGACGCUGAAGCACAAAAUUAACCCCUCGGUGGAGCUCGCUGCACCUCAGGCUGUAGAUGUACUUCUAUACACACCAGGUCAGUUAUGGGUGUCUGUGAGCAUGGGGAAGGUGAUGGUGUUUGAUGCCUCCAGCUGGUCCCUCACACACACCUGCCACGUUGGGAAUGCAAGACUGAACUGCAUGCUGGGAGUUGAUAAGGACCAGAUCUGGAUGGGCUCCGAAGAUUCGGUUAUCUACAUCAUCAGCGUGGUGGCCAUGGUCUGUAACAGACAGCUGACUGAACACAGGGCAGAGGUCACUGGACUGGCACUUAACACAGACAAAUACAGUCAGAAGGUGGCAUACUCCUGCAGUGCAGAGGGAAGCGUCAUGGUGUGGGACGUCGCGACACUACAGGUGAAGAGGCAGAUUUCCCUCUCUUGUGACCGUCUACAGUCCGUCUUCAACUGUAACGGGACGCUGUGGUGCUGCUCCAGGGACAAUAUAAUGGAGGUUUGGAGAAACGGUUCCACAAAAUAUUGUCUGAAUGUACCAGAGCAGCAAAGAGGCUCCACAGCUACAUUCAGCUCUAUACUGCUGUUACCUGAGAAGGAGGAGCUGUGGAGUGUUUGUGUGGAUUCAGGAGAAGUGUGUAUUUGGCACAUUAAGGACACUACCAAACCUUAUCACCGUGUGGCUCUACAGGACUGCAGCGGAUGUUCCUGCUUGAUCAAAGUUAAAAAUCAGGUUUGGGUCGGCGGUGUUGGCCGCAGCUCUACCAAAGGAAAGAUUUAUAUCCUGGACACAGAGCGCCAUCAGAUCCUGAAGGAGCUUCACGGUCACAGCGACAAGGUGACGGCGCUCUGCUCAGCGGAGGAUCGGUACGUCCUCAGCGGAGCUGGCAAACACGACGGAAAGGUUGCUAUCUGGAAGGUGGAAUAAAGCGUUUGAUUGUCCGGAAAUAGACUAAUUAUAAAGUUGGAGGAAAAGUUCUUAAGGGGGAAAAACACCUAAUGUUUCAAAUAAUUUCAAUUAAUUAUUUUCAUGGCCUCGGAAAGUACAGUCAAUAUUUGUGAACAUGAUCUACUCUCUUAAGGCCAGAAACCAUAGAUCAAGGACUACAUUUGUGAUU